AUCCCCUUAGUUGGAGGUUGCCCAAUACACACAUUACGGGCCAGGGGUUGGUUUGUUGUUGAAGAAGAAAGAGCUAAAGAAACAGUAAUAAAAAAAAGUGAAGAUAAUAUUUCAGGGAAAGUGUCGCAUGAGCUUUCCUGUGUGGUGUUGCUGGGUGUUACCCUCCCUGCCAUGAGAGCUGACCAGGUCCCCAGCCACCCCUCCUUCUGCAGUUGAUGGAUCUGCAGCUGGUCUGGAGAUGACAGACAGCAUCAGGGCCUUCCUCCGCAAUGUUGCGACGGGGAUUAAGGACUCCAUUUUGGGGAUUGGAACUAUCUCCAAGCUGGAUGCCCGCAUCCAGCAGAAAAGAGAGGAGCAGCGGAGGAGGAGAGCCAGCGGGGCCCUGGCUCAGAGACGGGCCCAGAGUGAGGAACGCAAACAGGAGAGUGAACCCAAAUUAGCCAGUAGGAUUUUUCAGUGCUGUGCCUGGAAUGGGGGAGUGUUCUGGCUCAGUCUGUUCCUCUUCUACCGGGUGUUUAUUCCACUGCUGCAGACUUUGACAGCAAUAAUCAUCGGUGACCCCUCUCUCCAUGGCAACGUCUGGUCCUGGCUGGAGUUCAUAUUGACCUCCGUGUUCAGUGCUCUCUGGGUGCUCCCUCUGUUUGUGCUCAGCAAGAUAGUCAACGCCAUCUGGUUCCAGGACAUAGCUGACCUGGCCUUCGAGGUGUCUGGUCGGAAAGCCCAGCCCUUCCCCAGCGUCAGUAAGAUCAUCGCUGACAUGAUCUUCAACCUCCUCCUCCAGGCUCUCUUCCUCAUUCAGGGUAUGGUUGUGAGUCUCUUCCCCAUCGACGCUAUUGGACAGAUGGUCAGCCUUCUCCACAUGUCUCUGCUCUACUCCCUCUACUGCUUUGAGUAUCGCUGGUUCAACCAUGGCAUUGAGAUGCACCAACGGCUGUCCAACAUUGAGAGGAACUGGCCCUACUACUUUGGCUUUGGUCUCCCCAUGGCUCUGUUGACUGCCCUCCCCUCUUCAUAUAUAAUCAGUGGCUGUCUGUUCUCCAUCCUCUUCCCUCUGUUCAUUAUCAGCGCUAACGAGGCCAAAACCCCAACAAAGCUAUACCACUUCCAGCUGCGCCUCUUUUCUCUGGUUGUGCUGAUUAGCAACAAGUUGUUCCACAAGACGGUCCACCUGCAGUCCUCCCUGAACUCGUCCAUCUCCGCCGAGAAGCUACCUACCUCUCCCCAAGCCUCUCCUGCCCGCCAGAGACCCCUGUCCACCCAGUGAUGGCCACCGGGGGGGGGGGGGACGACAACGGCAAGGGAGCGGAGCUGCUCAGUAAACCAAUGGAGCAGUUGAUUCUGUCUGUGAAAGGAUUUCUCUUAUCAGGACAGGAGGAGGAUGUUUGGUUUAGAGAUUUUAUUGUGAUUUUAACGAUUUUUCUAUGGCCAAUUUCAUAUUAUUUUGGAGCACAGGUCAGGUGUGUUUUUAAUGUGAAUGACGUGUAAGGAGAUUUAACUGCUGUGUGCCUCACACUCAAACACACAGGAUUCUUAUAUCUUAUUCUCAUUAAAAUGUUUUGUUCUAAUAGUUUUUUAUGUAUGAUGUGCCAUUUUAGUGCUUUAAAUUCAGCAAAAGCAGUCAUAUACAUUGUUUUUCUUCAUUUGUUUUUGUUCUGCUCUUUUUGAUUGCUCCUCCAAUGUUUUCCAUGUUUUGCUUGUUUAUUCUGUUUAUCACCCCGUGGCUGAUUCCAGACUGCUUUGUAUAAAACUCUUGAUGUGGAAGAGAAAAAGGAAAAGGGUUACAUUUUUGCCAGGACUCAUGUUAUGUUACUCUACAUUUUGAAUGACAGACAGAGCUUUAGACACUGGUCACACGAUCCUUGGUAUUCCUUUGUUUGAGGAAUCAGCACAGGGAUGCAGCCAGUGACUAGAUGUUCAUCAAAGCGUGUGUGACUAAAAUAAGCCCCUUCUCCAUUGAAGGGGGUGACAUGUUUGCGAUGUUCAAAAGUGGAGCACAAGAGUUGUGACAUGUACAUUUUUCUGUGUUUGCAAGUGACAUUCCUUUCACACUGAUGGGAUGAUGUCUUGUUAAUAAAUAGCUGUUUCUCUGUAAAGCCAGGGUGUCACUGGUACUCCUCUGGCCAGAAACCCAGGAAUAAUCUUGUGUGGUGAAAACAAAGGGAUACUUUUUUUUUUCCUACAAGUGCUUUCUUUAGACUAAUUGUAAUUUGUACACUUUCAGCAUGGGAGCUGGUCUAAACAUCCCACAAAAAAAGAGCAUCCCUAAUUAAUCCAACUAUAUCACUGGUUGUUGUGUGUAAAGUAAGGCUAGCUGUUUUGAAGAAGCUGUUUUCUAUAGUUGUGUAUUAGACAGACAGGUGAAGCUGUAUGACUCUGCUGCUUGGUCAGAUCAGAUGACACUGCCAAACUGCUUUAUCUACUACUUUGUUCGACUCACUUCUGCUUCGAUCAAUUGUACACAGAACACUGCAGUGUAGGUACUUGGAAGAUGUCACUGAGCUCCGUUCUGACUGAUUUUCUCUUGAAGGAAGAAAGGAAGGUGUAUGGUGCAUACCUUAAUAGAUGGGAGAAGCCCUCUGUGUUUAUGUUCCCCUUUGAGCAGUGGCAAAUCCAAACGGGCUGUGAGGGAUUUUUGACAUAAUAUCUCUUGGCUCUGAAUGUUCAACCAAAACCUCACCAUGGGGGUUACCAUCAAGCUUUUACCUAAUCUUAUCUAAUAGGUUGGGGGGGGGGGCAGUAUGUAAUAAUUGUAAGUGCAUAGUAUUUAUGUAUCCAGAUUGAUAUAUGUGAGUGAGAUUUUGUAAAAGUAUUAUGCCUAAUUUCAAUAAAAUUGGUCAGUAUACACAUCUAA